AUGGCCACCCACGAACAAACCCCCCCAGUCGACCCUGCAAAGCUCAAAGCCGUCCGAAAGCGGUACGCCGAAGAAGCCUCCAAGCGGCUACGCCCCGAAGGGACGGGCCAAUUCCUCCAACUAACCACAGCCGAAGAGUCCCGUCUGCGCUCACUCGCCGAGGACCCCUGGGUCUCGCAUGAGACGCUCAACGCGACACCCAGCCCCAUUGAGUCGGGCGCCACAUACCGCUUCUUCAUCCUCGGCGCCGGCUUCGGCGGCCUGCAAUUCGCCGUACGCCUGCUCAACGACGGGAUCGCGCGCUCCGUCCACGAAAUCCGGCUCGCGGAUGCAGCGGGCGGGUUCGGCGGGACGUGGUACUGGAACCGGUUCCCGGGGCUGCAUUGCGAUAUUGAGAGUUAUGUGUACUUGCCGCUCCUCGAAGAGACCAGGUAUGUGCCGUCGCACAAGUAUGCGCCUGCGGCGGAGAUACGCGAGCACGCGGAGCGGAUUGCGACGCGCUGGGGGUUGGGCGAUAAGACGCUUUUCCGGACGGAUGUGCGCAGUGCGGUUUGGGAUGAUAUUUCGCAGCUUUGGACCGUGACGGCGGUGGAACAUAGGGGGCCUGCUGCGCCGCCAGUUACGCGCGUCUUCAGGGCGCACUAUGUGUAUCUUGCAGCGGGGGUGUUGACCAGACCGCAGGUCCCAAGGAUUCCGGGGUUGGCGACCUUCAGGGGGAAGCUGUUUCAUACUGCGCGCUGGAACUAUGGAAUCUCCGGGGGGUCGCAGGGUAACCAGGCCCUUACGGGGUUAAAGGGGAAGAAGGUCGCGGUGAUUGGGACUGCGGCGACGGCGAUUGCGGUUAUUCCUGAGGUUGCCAAGCAUGCAGGCGAGUUGUAUGUCAUCCAGCGUACGCCGGCGUAUGUGAAAGCGCGCAGCCAACGUCCGACGAAGCUCGAGGAGUUUCAGGCCCGUGUUGCGAAUGCAAAGGGAUGGCAGUACCAGCGACAGCUCAACCUCAACGCGUGGAUGACCAACUCGGCAAAACCGGGGGUGGAGAACCUCGUCAAUGAUGGGUGGACAGAUAUGCCCGCGUACUCUGCCAUCACUGGCUCGCCCAAGCAUGGCAUCAUUGAUUCCUCGCCUGAGAACCUCGAGCGACACGUCGAUGCAUUCCAUGCACAGGAUCUCCCACACAUGGAAGCCAUCCGGGCUCGAGUCGAUCAGAUCGUCAAAGACCGCGAAACAGCCGACAAGCUCAAGCCGUGGUAUCCAUCUUGGUGCAAACGGCCUACUUUCAGCGACACAUACCUGCAGACAUUCAACCAGCCAAACGUGCACCUCGUCGACACAGACGGCCAGGGUCCCUCGGGAAUAACCGAGCGCGGCAUCGUCGUUGGAGAAAAGGAGUACGCAGUCGACAUCAUCAUCUUCAGCACGGGAUACAAAGCCGCAACCGGGACCGGGAGUCCCAGCGCACGAACGGGCGUGGACAUCAUCGGGCGCGGCGGGUUGUCUCUCGACGAGAAGUGGACUGCGCAGGGCGCUGCAACACUACACGGAUAUGCCUCUAGCGGAUUCCCAAACCUGUUCUUCUCGGGGACGAACCAGGCGACGAUUACGGGGAAUAAUAUCUUUAUGCUCGGGCUUAUUGCGAAGCACGUGAUUCACUGGAUUCAAGAGGCGGAGAAGCGUGUUGGGGCUGGGAAACGGGCGGUUAUUGAAGUCACCCGAGAAGCGGAAGAGGAGCAUACAGCAGAGAUCUUGAAGCGGGCGCCCUUUUUUGCGGCCCUUGCGGGAUGUACGCCGGGGUACUUCAAUUCGUAUGGAGAGGCGGCAGCGAUUACGGAUCCUGAGGAGAAGGUCAAGAGGGCGAGGGGGAGUACGUGGUCUGAAGGGACGAGGUCGUUUUUGGAUUAUAUUGAGUCCUGGAGGGAAGAGGGGUCCUUGAAGGGCUUGUUCAUUGAGCCGGCGAGGGAGGUGAGGGCGUUGCUGUAG